UGUUGCACUUGGUCACUGUCGUAGAAUAAUUUGUGGUGGCAUUGUCUUCACUAUUUUGACAUUGUUUAAAAACCUACAGUCCAUGUUUGCAGUUAAUUUUAUUCUAAAGAACUUAUCGAUCAUCUUAAUUUCUGUGGGUACAGCAUACUUUUUUCAGUGUGGUGAAAUGAGAUAUCUGUUAAUUUCUGUCAGCUCGGCAGUUCUCAUCACAAUAAUAGUCGUUAUGAUAGGUAUGAAUUUAAGACAUUUGAAAAGAGAGGGAUGCUUUUUGCUCAUCUCAAUAUCUUGCAUGCUCGUCGUUUGGGGGAUCAUAGUUUUUUACAUUGGAUUAGCCAAGGACUCUAUUCUGUUUAUGGAAUUCGCUACAAGUGCCUGUUGGACGUGUGCUGCAACAAUCUUAGAAUUUGUUACUGCAUGUGAAAUGAAACGCUGCAGAGACGGUGAUUCAUCUCUAUUUAGCUAUGAACAAAUAGCUUUCCUUCUAUGGGCAGAUAUUUUAGCAAUAUGCAUAUCAAUAGGAAUGUUUUUUUGGAUAAAUUAG